UUUUUGUCCUUUAUAUAAUCUUAACAAUAUGCAUCACGGCAAACACGUACGUCGACUUAAUCGCACUUCAUCUCAUAGAAAUGCUUUGUUACGUAACCUUGCCUCUUCUUUGAUUGAACAUGGUCGUAUCGAAACAACUGUUGCUAAAGCCAAAGAAUUACAACCUAUUGCUGAUAGUAUGAUCACUCUUGGAAAAAAAGGAGGUGUUGAAUCCAAGAAACGAGCCAUUGGUUAUCUCAAGAAUCAAACUGUGACACUUCCUAAACUAUUUGAUGAAUUAGCACCUAGAUUUGCGAAUCGUAAUGGUGGAUAUACUCGGAUUCAACGUAUUGGAAGUCGAUAUGGAGAUAAUGCACCCAUGGCAGUGAUUGAAUAUAUUGAUGGACCUACCGACUUGAAGAAAGAAUCUGUCACCAAGGUAUUAGCUCGUGUGAUGCAAGACCGAUCAUCACCUUCUGUACAACAUCUUUUAGACGAUGCCUCUGCUCAUCUUCCCAAGUCUCUUAUCCGUGAUCUCAAGAAAGUUCAAAUUUCUAAUAGUCUCGAAUCUAUCCAACAAGCUGUUCAAAAGGAAAUGGCUUCUCGCUCCUAGUCUAUUCAUUUAUAUAUUUACUCUGUAGUCAUCAUUCUUCUUUUUUGUAUCAUAGAUUUUUUUUUUAAAAACCUUUUCUCUCGCUUUCCCCCCUUUUUUUUUAUAUAUAAUUUUAUCACAUUGUUUUGUUAUCUUUUACUUUUUUCAUAUACACCUUUGUCUCUUCUUAUAAUAAAAAAACACAGGCGGCUCUUCAAUUCAAUUAAAUACUUC